UUACUAUGUCUAUGGCCGCGACUCGCUACUUUGCUCCCGCCUCUUCAUUCGAAGUCGCGAACGCGUGAUUAGUAAUUACGCGCGAUAGACAAGUUCAGUUGGUUCAGCCGAUAGGUCGCGAUAGGCGGUCAAUUAUCUCGUCGAAGCACUAGUAAUGUCGAGAUAACGCUAUUGAUUGCGAUGCCCGGCGACGAGUGCAAAGAGAGAGAUUAGUCGCCUAAGACCGUCGGCGCCGGUCGUGACUCGGAACCAGCGUGGCUAGCAGCCCUCCUCCUUUUCCUUCGUUCGGCGUGCCGGAAAUCUUGCAAGUUUAACCAUGCUGCGAGUGCUGCUCGGCCGCUCGAUGCGCUCGGCGCGGCUGCUCGGGAGGAGCACGGAGAUGGUCCGCGUGUCAUGCGCGAGGCACCUGAACCUGCUGGAGUACCAGAGCAAGGAGCUCCUGCGCGACUCCGGCGUGUCGGUGCAGAACUUCGCCAUCGUCGACGACCUAACCAAAACGAGCUGCGCCUUGGAGAAGCUACAAGCCGGUGAAUUUGUUAUUAAGGCCCAGGUCUUAGCUGGUGGCCGCGGCAAAGGCUGGUUCGAUAAUGGAUUCAAGGGAGGUGUACAUCUUACCAAAGACCGCGACGCCGUUGCAAAUUAUGUGAAGAAUAUGUUAGGUCAUCGACUCAUCACUAAACAGACUUCAAAGGAUGGCAUAUUGGUGCAGAAAAUUAUGAUAGCCGAGUCGGUGGAUAUCGCGCGUGAGACUUACGUCUGUAUUCUCAUGGAUCGUCAGCACAACGGGCCAGUGCUAAUAGCGUCUCCAGCUGGUGGAAUGGAUAUCGAGGCAGUUGCAGAGAAACAUCCGGAACAAAUCAAAACCGUCCCCUUGGACAUUUAUCACGGGAUCGAUGAUGAAAUAGCAAAGGAUGUGUGCACCUUCCUGGGAUUCUCUGAGACGGAUAUUCUUAAUAAAGCCAUGUACGAAUUGAAAAAUCUAUGGAAGCUAUUUGUGGAUAUUGACGCCCUGCAAGUUGAAAUAAAUCCGUUGGUGGAGACGACGGACAAGCAAGUGGUAGCGGUAGAUGCAAAAAUCGCCUUCGACGAUAAUGCGCAAUUUAGACAGCGAGACCUAUUUGCCUUAGAAGACGUCAGCGAGAAAGAUCCCAGAGAAGUGGACGCGUCGCGAUUUAACUUAAAUUACAUUGGUAUGGAUGGUAAUAUAGGAUGUCUAGUAAAUGGAGCUGGCCUAGCUAUGGCUACAAUGGAUAUUAUCAAAUUAAAUGGAGGAUCACCAGCUAAUUUCUUGGAUGUUGGCGGUAAUGUGAAAGAAGACCAAGUUUUCCAGGCGUUUAGAAUUCUCAGUGAAGAUCCAAAGGUUAAAGUCAUUCUCGUUAACGUUUUUGGAGGUAUCGUGAAUUGUGCAACGAUAGCAAAAGGAAUUAUCGCAGCCUCGCGAAAUUUAGGACUUAAAAUACCGCUGGUUGUAAGAUUGGAAGGUACUAAUGUGAUAGAAGCCAAGAAAGUUCUGUCCGAAUCUGGAUUGCCCAUUCUCACAGCGAAUAAUUUGGAUGAGGCGGCGAAAAAAGCGGUAAUCUCUGUAAAAACAUAAUCGUAUCAGUAUGACUGUAUGCUAUCGACUCAUAUUUGUCUAAGACUGGAAAUCAGUUCUUCUAAUGUAAAGAAACAAUAACUUGACGCGAACAAGGGGUAGGGAAUUGUUUACGAACGUCGUUUCUUUUUAUAACAAGACGUUCCGUGCGCAUACUGUUAUAUCGAUUACUUUCUAUGUCAUGUGACUUACGUAGUAAACGUAUUCGCAUAAGUUCAAAUACGCAUCUACAGUGCUGCAUAUUGUUAUAUACUGUUGUUGAACUUUGUCUUCGAUUCAAUCAUCAUUCAUAGUGGAACGUACAUUCCGAUUGCACUUCUGUUAAUAUCGGAUUAAUAUCGCUAAGAUAAGCAGCUGUUUUUGUUAUUCUAUAAAGAGGUAAAAGAUUGUAUUGUUUCUAGAAUUUUAAAACUCAUUUCAAUUCUGUUAAAACGAGAUCGGUAUGUGUAUAUUAUUGUGUUGCGUUAUGUUUACGUACUGUAAUUGAAAUCGCUGAUUGAGACAUUUAACGUAUAUGAAUUGUAGAGUAGUGGUGAAUGCAUAUAUAGGUUCUGGCUUAUUGUUAGUCUCGAGCUCAAGUUGUUCUUCAACAUUUAUUUUGUAGCUAAUUCAGAUCGAUGACGUAGGAUUUCCGUUUGCUUGUUAUUAUUUCAUUAUAAUUUACAUGGUUAAUUUAUUAGGUAACUGUAUGAUUUGUUUUUAUGAGCCACUAUUAAAUAAUGAACAAACUAUUGCAUUAGUCCGCGUAAUUGAAUCCGGCAACAUUUAUUGAAUUGCUCCUGCAUGUAUAUACCAUAUGUGUACGUCCGAUUUUAUAUCCUUUAUUUAGUUUUGUAAUUAUGUUGUAAAUAGAUAAAUUUUUAUUUAAA